AUGAAAUCAUUAUUAGCCAACUUGGCUUUCAACAAUAUCAUCAUGAUGGUAGCGGGAAAACGAUAUUACGGUGGUGGCGCAGAAGACAAUGACGAGGCCAGAAUAGUGAGGGAACUUAUAUCGGAGGCGGUGGCCGGCGCUGGUGCUGGAAACCUAGCUGACUAUCUUCCCAUCAUACGUUUGCUCACUGAUUUUGAAAAACGGGCCAAAAUUUUGGGGAAACGGUUCGAUGGAUUCUUGCAAAGACUUGUUGAUGAGAAACGUGCAGAGAAAGAAAGGGGUCAAACUUUGAUAGAUCACUUGCUUUCCCUCCAAGAAAACCAACCUGAGUAUUAUACUGAUGUCAUCAUCAAAGGAAUGAUACUCUCUCUGGUAAUUGCGGGGACUGACACGUCAGCAGUAACUCUAGAAUGGGCCUUGUCGAAUUUGUUGAACCAUCCAGAGAUACUUGAGAAAGCAAGAGCGGAAAUCGAUGAUAAAAUUGGUUCAGACCGGUUACUUGAAGAAUCAGAUAUUGAGAAUCUCCCUUAUCUCCAUUACAUUGUGUCUGAAACAUUUCGUUUGUACCCUCCUGUUCCUCUACUACUCCCACAUUUUUCAUCAGAUGAUUGUAAAGUUGCGGGAUACGAUAUGCCACGUGGCACGAUGUUGUUGACAAACGUAUGGGCUAUGCAUAGAGAUCCUGGUGUAUGGGAAGAGCCAGAGAGGUUCAAGCCGGAGAGGUUUGAGAAAGAAGGAGAGGCUCAAAAGCUAAUGCCGUUUGGGAUGGGAAGAAGAGCUUGUCCUGGUGUCGAGCUUGGGAAGCGUCUAGUGAGUUUGGCUCUUGGGUGUUUGAUUCAGUGUUUCGAGUGGGAGAGAGUUGGUGAAGAACUUGUGGAUAUGACGGAAGACAAAGGGAUCACUAUGCCUAAAGCUACUCCGUUGCUAGCCAAGUGCAAGUCACGUGUUGUUGCACGUAAAAUGAUGUAGCCUAUGUAAUCAUUUGUACAGAAGUAGAGAUGGUUUAUAAAAGAAAUUUGGAAAUAAAGUAUUGUUAAGUUUAAUGCAGAGUUAUAUUGUGCGUUUGCUGAUAGUUGUAAUAGGGUUUAUUGACGUCAUUUUUAGUUAUAGACUUAUAGUUACAUUUUUGU